GUCACAAAGGUGGUGUAUGUGGGAUGUAUGGAUUCUGUGACUCAAAUUAUUUAUCUCCUAUGACACAAACCAAUAAAGAAGAGCAAGUCGACUAUCUAGCUCGUAUCUUUGGCCAAAAUGAAGGGAAUAAUGUUAAUCAACUAUUCUUUGCACCUUAUCAUGAGAAUUGACACUGGAUGCUAGCGGUCAUUAGUCCGUGGAAUGGAGUGGUGUUUUGGCUUGAUCCUGCUGGAGCGGAAUAUGAUAUUCCUGAAUUUGGUCAAAGGACCAUAAAUGAGGGAAUCAUAAAAUUUAGUCUCGUAUAUCGAAAGGACAUUAAGAAAAUGAAAAAAAAUCCGACAAUUAAGUGGAAAAAACCUGAGUGUCCUCGUCAAUCCCAAGAAUCUCUGGACUGUGGAUAUUAUAUAUGUCGAUAUAUGCUCGAGACUAUAGAGAAAAGGAGACAAGUGAUUCCUGAUAAGUACUUUGGUGGAGUUACAACUGAAUUUCCUCAAAAUAAGCUUGACGAGUUGAGAGACUUAUGGAUCAAAUACGUGGAGGAAUAUAAACAAGCGGAAGAAGAGGAAUCUGGAGAAAGUGUCGAUUUUGAUUAGGUGUUAAGCGGGAUUAGAUAGGUAAUUAGUUAGAACAAUGAGUUGAUUAAUUUACUCUGCAUAUGAGUUGAAAGAAAUAAUGGCUGCUUUAGGUAUCUUUUGAUAAGUUGAUUUUUUGAAUCUUCAUAUCUCGAUAUUAUUUUGUAAUGAA